CCGACAAAAUCAACUGGAGUUAAAUAGUUUUUCAGCCUUUCUUUCAGUAGAUUUCAACAUCCAAGAUCAACAAAAUGAGGAGCUUUCUUCUUCUCCUCUUCUCACUAAUGACAGGUUGUGAGGCCCGAACUGUAGUGAGGGGAUGCCCACAAGGAUGGGUUGAAUUCACCUGGAAAUAUCCAAAACCAAAUGGAAAACAUCAAAGUAUUGAUGUAGUUACUCCCAAAGGAACUAUACGAUGCACUAAAAAGGGUGUGUGGGGAAAGAAAACAGUUUUCCUGGGCCAUGAAACAAAACAAAAAUAUCUCAGGGUGGUUAUGAAUCAACUUGAAAAGAAGGACCUUGGGAAGUACAAGUGUGAAGUACAACCUGACUUAUUCCAUUACGCAGAGGAAGUGGAAUUAGCCUUUGAGACAUACGGCUGCCAGAAUCAAUUUAAUCAAACUGUGUACAGAACAGCUAAAACCACCAUCACAUGUGAUUACACAAGAAACAAAUACAAGUUCUUCUGCAAACAGAACGGUUCAAUCUGUGAGGAUAUUUUAUCAACAAAAUCCCCUCUGAAGUCAAACGGGACAUUCACUCUCACAGAAACCAACAGUAGCUUCAGCGUGUCCAUCAGUAACGUGUCCUCACAUGAUGCUGGUGUCUACUGGUGUGGAGUGGAAACACAUGAAGGAAGUUACAGAACUGCUCUCAGAAAGAUACAGCUGGAGGUUAAAGCUACUAUUACCAGAUUCACAAAGUCUCCAACUGUAGGACAGAAUCUCACAUACUAUUGUCUAAAUCAAAAUCAUGCUCCGACAAACAUAUUCAUCUGUAAGGGAGAAGAUCCAUCUAUAUGUCGACCUCUAGUAAGCACAGCACAGCCCAACAAGAACACUGGGAAGUUUUCCAUGGAGGACAAAAACAAGAGAAAUAUCACCAUAACAGUGAGAGAAGUAACAAUGAAUGACACUGGGACAUACUGGUGUGGAGCAGAAAGCACUGACAAAACACGCAGCAACAAAUUCUUCCACAAAAUGGUGAUGACUGUAGUAUCAUUAACAGAAUCAACAACAUCAUCCACAUCUCCUGUUUCUUCAACCCAGCCAACUACUGUGUCUGCUGAGAGUCGUGGUGACUCUCAGGUCGUCAUUACUAUGAUCGUCUGUGUAGCUGUGCUGCUGCUGUUGUUUGUGCUAAUGUUGAUCCUUAUCUACAAACGAUUUUCACAUUUAAUGAACACAAGAAAAGGAGCAGCAGCACAGAACAUCAGAGAGGAUUAUGUCUACGAAGAGAUACAGCAGCCCGUCCAGACUCCAGACUCAGGAAAUAAGAUGAACACGAUUUAUGCCACUGCCAACUUUCCCACAAACCCCUCUGCCUCGCUGCAUUACUCUACCGUCAACUUCCAAAGCAGCUGUGACAGAGCUGGUGGUGAGGCAGUGAUCCUCAAACCCAGCUCUGCUGCCGGCGAAUAUUCUACUGUGAAGCAAAGUGCAACCUACUCUACUGUCAACCAGCCGUCCAGCUCUUCAGAGGAUCCUCUCUACGCAACAGUCAACAAGCUACAGCAGCACUGAGCAAAGAUCAGCAGUCUCAGGAACAGGAGGAAGCAUAUAUAUUUUUCUUUAAAUUCAAAUUGAAAUAUACAAUGUGUCUCUAUAGAGUUGUGUAAUUAUUUGUUAAUCUACUAAGUUUGGUGUUAUUCUUGUUAAAAACAACUAAGAUAGUUAUUCUUAUAUAUUCCACUUUUU